CGUCGCGCGAACGCCGCAGCGCAGGUUCGGACGAUGUGAAGGCGUGUUCGGUCGGGGGAAAUUCAGUCGCGUCGAAAUUCCCGACAGGCCGACGGAGAGUGCCUCCUGCGGCCGCUUCCAGCAUGUCUAGCACAACGAUAGGCGUCCACAUCCGCAGGGCCCGGCCGACGGACUGCGACUCCCUCAAGAGACUGAUGAAAGGCGCUCAGGAAUUCGACUUCAACGACGAUACAACCGCAAUGGGAGAUCUCAAGGAAAAUGCCUUCGGAGAGUGGCCUCUAGUGAAUAUCCUGGUGGCCGAGGACAGUAGUGGAGGCAUCGGCGUGCCAUGCCCUCCGCUGUGCGCCGGCUUGUUUCCGUCGCCUCCGCUGAUUGGCUGCGCGCUGUACAGCCUCGUCUUCAGCACCUGGGGAGGCCGCUGCAUGGUCCUCGAUGGCUUGCACGUGGCACCCGCGUACCGAGGCAAGGGUGUCGGCUCGGUACUCCUCAGGGCUGUCUUCAAGGAAGCUGCUCAAAACAAGUGCAACGAGCUCACCUGUAACGCGCUGACCAAGAGCGACGCCUUCAUCAACCUGAUGCGUAGGCACGGCGGCAUGGACCAGGAGCGGGAGAAAGGGUGGCACCUCUUCGAGAUGGACGGGCGCGCCGUCACACUGCUCACCCUGGAGCAGCCGUGGACGCCGCUCAAAGCCGGCGCCAGCACGGAGGAAAAGCCUUCGUGACCGAGAUGCUCGCCUCUUCCACCCGGCACGCUUGGCCCUGAUGUGGCACGGUCCGGGGAAAGCGCGAGCCUGAGCAAGUUCGCCUGCGCACGCACUGCAUGCUCAACGGGGCGGCGGUUGCCUGCAGGCUGCCGAUACAAAGCCGUCGAAGACUUUCGAAUAGCUGCACAACAUCGACCGGCCCCUUGUUCCCCGAUUCGUAUUUGAUGUCGAAAUUUGAUAACGGCACGAGCGCGGCUUGGAAAAGCCAGAACGAAGUCAAACAAAUAUGUUUGCAUAUUUUGGCCAACAUACAACCGAGACGGUUCGUUUUUAAAUAGCGAUGCAAAUAUAUUACUGGUAUUUGUGAACAAAUAAAUGGGUGAUGAUGUGACAAGU